GUUUACCCUUUUGGCCAUCAUCUUAUCUUAAUUUCCUCACCUCUUCAACAAACCGAUGGAUGAUGAGAAAAACCCAGUACGUUUUGGGAUACUAGGCUGUGCUGAGAUAGCAAGAAAAGUGUGCAGAGCCAUAGAUCUCUCUCCCAAUUCAAUCCUUCACGCGAUCUCCAGCCGUUCGACUGGAAAAGCAAAACAAUUUGCCAUUAAAAACAGCCUGUCGGAAUUGGUGAAGGUGUAUGGCAGCUAUGAGGAGGUUUUGGAUGAUUCGUCUGUGGAUGCGGUGUACAUUCCACUGCCAACAAGCCUUCACCUGAAAUGGGCUGUGUUGGCGGCAGAGAAGAAGAAGCAUGUGCUACUGGAAAAACCAACGGCUCUUGAUGUUGGGGAGCUGGAUCGGAUACUUGAAGCUUGUGAAUGCAAUGGUGUGCAGUUCAUGGAUGGAAGUAUGUGGUAUCACCAUCCUAGGACAGCAAGGAUGAAGGAGUUACUUUCGGAUCCUAACCUCUUUGGUGAAGUUAGAAUGAUCUACAGUUCCUCGUCAUUCGUGCCACCUCCAGAAUUUUUUGAGAACAACAUCAGAACAAAAGCAGAUUUAGAUGGCUUCGGAGCAUUAGGAGAUGCUGGCUGGUAUUGCAUUGGAGCGAUUUUAUGGGCAAUGAAUUAUAAACUACCGACCACUGUCACAGCUUUACCUGCAACAACUCUAAACUCCAAUGGAGUCAUCAUGUCCACCACAGUUUCCAUUCACUGGGAACAAGAGGGAACAGUUGCAACCUUUUACUGCUCAUUCCUAGCACAUGAGACGAUGGAUGUAUCCGUCUUGGGAUCCAAAGGGUCAUUCCAUGUAGAAGAUUUGAUCAUUCCUUAUGAAGAGAGUUCUGCUUCGUUUAAUUUUACAUCCGGUGCAUCUUUUGUUGAUCUUCAUCUUGGGUGGAAUAUGACAGAGCAAGAAGUUCGAAUUCACAACGAGCUUCCACAAGAGGCUUUGAUGGUUAAAGAGUUUUCAAGGCUGGUUAAAGGAAUAAAGGAUUCUAGAAUGGGACCAGAUACAAGGUGGGGUGGCAUUAGCAGAACAAGUCAAGUUGUUUUGGAUGCUGUGAAAGCAUCUGUGGAUAGUGGUUCUAAAACCGUGUAUAUUUGAUCACGUUUCAUGGAGGCUCACUCCAAUGGUCCUUUAUUGUUGCGAGAAAAAAAAUUUGAGCACAAACAUUUCUUCUUUUUAAAAGUGACUUCGUUAUCCUUAUUCACAGAUCAUAUAUAUCUUCUACUUCUUUCAAGUUAUUUUGUAUCUUA